GGAGGGGAGCGGCGGGCGGGGCUGCAGCCUCGGACCCCGGCCCCGCGCGGCCGUCCCGCUCGUUUCCAUCGCCUCGUCUUUGGCUUAGAUCGGGGCGUUUUAAAAUGUCAGCUGGCGGAGGGAGGUAGCACGGCGGUUAUGCAGCGAGAGACUCCCAGCCUGAGGCUCCAGAGCCCCAGGUUCAAACCCCACCGGCAGCAGCCGGAGCUCAGCACACAGUCGGAUGCGCCAGGACCCGGGGUAUAAAAUUCCUGUGAUUGAAAAUCUGGGUGCUACCUUAGAUCAGUUUGAUGCUAUUGAUUUUUCUGACAAUGAAAUCAGGAAACUGGAUGGUUUUCCCUUGUUGAGGAGACUGAAAACAUUACUAGUCAACAACAACAGAAUAUGCCGCAUAGGUGAGGGGCUUGAUCAGGCUCUGCCCUGCCUCACAGAACUCGUCCUCACCAACAACAGUCUCGUGGAGCUGGGUGAUCUGGACCCUUUGGCAUCUCUCAAGUCGCUGACUUAUCUAAGUAUUCUAAGAAAUCCUGUAACAAAUAAGAAGCAUUAUAGACUGUAUGUUAUUUAUAAAGUUCCACAAGUCAGAGUACUGGACUUCCAAAAGGUGAAACUAAAAGAGCGUCAGGAAGCAGAGAAAAUGUUCAAGGGCAAACGGGGUGCACAGCUUGCAAAGGAUAUUGCCAGGAGAAGCAAAACUUUUAAUCCAGGUGCUGGUUUAGCUAUGGACAAAAAGAAAGGCGGGCCCUCUCCAGGGGACGUAGAAGCCAUCAAGAAUGCUAUAGCAAACGCAUCUACUCUGGCAGAAGUGGAGCGGCUCAAAGGCUUGUUGCAGUCUGGCCAGAUACCUGGCAGAGAGCGCCGAUCAGGCCCUGCUGAUGACGGUGAAGAGGAGAUGGAGGAAGACACAGUCACCAAUGGGUCCUGAGCUGUGAGGCUGGAUCAUCUACAGGGCAUGUGAUGUGCUCAGAUGAGAAAAGUCCUGCUUCCUAAACACAGAAUUGUUUUCUGAAACAGGCCUUGUCUGUGUGAACAGAGUGUGCAGUUCACAGGCAUGGCUGACAUGCUUAAACUGCUGCUGGUAAUUUUGUAAUAGACAUUUUGAAACCCUA